AUGGGAGGCACGACUACGACGUAUCUCAAGUACGAGGCCGACUUCACCCGCGCCGUCAUGACGCUAGACUUUGACUGGACAGGAGGCCUGUACCAGAACCCUUGUUGGCCACUGGAUAUCGCCACCGGCGACCCGGACUAUGUCCUCCUAACGGAAUACAAGUGGUAUGCCACAGCUAUCAUCCCUGCCGCAGACAAGGCCAACACGCCGAGGUACCGUCUCGCGCCGGCAGAUGGGGAGUACCAGGCCGCCAAGACCCGUAAGUCUCAGAGCGAAUUCCCUGGCGAAGACCUCCCUGGGCUAGGGCAGUGGCCCUGGAAGCGCUCAAAGGAAGACUAUGCCGGGUUAUCGGAGGUAAACGUCCUCGAGGACGGUAAGCUGGCGCUGCACGGGGCCAACUCGUCCCGCCGCCUCUCAGAAAAGGAGCUCCAGGAUAUUGCCGGGAUGAUAGACUACGACGCUGGCGAUCGUGCCGUCAACGAAUUUAGAUACAAGGCCGACGGAGGUUCCUGGUGGAUUCCGGCCGGCGGCUUCGCCUAA